GAGAAUGAACGAUCCGCUUGACUCCCUCUCGAAUGACGAAUUCGAGAUAAUCGAGACUUUUGACCCUGAAACAGAAGAUCGUGAGGAUCAAUGGAGUAUUCAGCAGAGUAUCCGAAUCGAGCCAAUUUCAAUCCAGAUGCCGAAUACACUUCAAUCACAGCGCGCUCCAUCUCCUGUCGGAUCGAAGGCCCCGGAGUCGUUGAAAGACGAAGAUCCAGAUCGUACACCUGAAGCAUCAAUCGUUGAAACACCGCUCCUUACCGAAACUUUGAAGGAAGAUCGUACUCCAAUGUCAACUCCUCUCGCGUCUCUUGUCAAUUCGAGUCAAUCUCCUGAAUUCACUCUUCAGAAUAUGUCUAUUGUGUCCGAGUCUGAAUGUUCCAAUAAUUCCUCUCUUGUGAACGUGGCGGACGUUGAAUCAACAGAAAUCGCUUUGAGAACAUCACUUCUUCUUGUGAGCGAGCUGAAAUCUCAACUUCAAGCUGCAAAAAUGUCUGAAUCCACUCUUCUGAAAUCAAAUUCAAACCAUGAAAUUGAAGAAAACAAGAAACUAUCUGAGAAAAUGGAAGUUAUGAAGAACGAGUUCGAAUUGAAGAUGCAAGAAUCAGCUGCUAGCGUAGAGAAAGUUAUCCAGGAGAAAGACUCGGCUAUCGAGCAGCUCAAAGUGCAAUUGGCUCAGAGCCAACAGGUGGCCGAGCUGUGGAAGCAGGGAGCCGAGAAAAACAGCAACGCUCAGUACAGUGACUCGAAGACUACUAUUGAUAGACUUUUGGAGGAGAACUCGAAAUUGAGAAAUCUGGUUGAUGAAGAGGUUGCUCGCCGGCUCGAAGAAUCUGAGCGUCGCAAGCUGGCGGAGGAUCAGUUGAAACAUGCAAGAGGAGGCUCUGUCUUUGAUCCACCAGCCUCUUUUGUUGCAUCGCAGUUGGCGGAAAGAACCACAUAUUCAUUGAAUCUGGAACAUGAGCUUAUCACUCUGAGAAAAGAAUUGGAGGAAACUAAAGAAGCACUGAAGAAAUCUGUAGAAGAGUCGAGCAACAAGGAUGAGAUAGUUAGUGCUCUGCAUGAGCUUGCAGGACCAACAGGAGAGCACCCGCAUGCUCGCUUCGAACGAGCAGGUGAUCAACAGUCUGAAGCAGAAAUGUCGUCAACUUGGAGUGCUGGAAGACUUCUCGAGCUAAGCCGUCAAAUUGUUCAUUUUAUCUCCCACCAAUAAUUCUCAUUUAUCACGCCACAUUGUGUACAUUCAAUACUUUUAAAUUCUUGUUUUCAUGAUUUGUUCUAUUUUGUAUAUUAUCUUGCAAAACCCGUGUCAAUAAAAAUUAUGAUGUAGAAAAAAUUCUAA